AUGAAAAUUAAUAUCAUCGGCUCUGGUUUUGCCGGAUUGUCAGCGGCUUUAUUUCUUUCUCGUCAUCCAUUGAACUGCAUUACUCUAUAUGAUAAAUUCACUAAUGUUCAAACUGUUGGAGCAGGUAUCUUAAUGCAACCAUCAGCAAUGGUAAUAUUGAAAAAACUAGAUAUUUAUGAACCACUUGUAAGAAAUGGUGAAAAAAUUUAUAAGCUACGAGGAACAAACCACCAUGGUCGAGAAGUAUUUUUAACAUCUUAUGAUGAUUAUGCAAUUGGGUGUUUUGGCAUUGGAAUACAUCGUUCUUUACUAUUUAAAUCCCUUUAUAAUAAAUGUAAAGUGAAAUCCAACAUCAAAUUUGAAUUAGGACAAGAGAUUACAUCUCUAGCAGAUUUAAAAGCAACUAGCGAUCUAUUAAUUGUAGCAAAUGGUUCACAUUCUUGUCUUAGAGAACAAGUACCAAUUAAACAAUCGUAUCAGUUAUAUCCUUAUGGUUGUUUGUGGACAACCGUUGAAGAUGAUCAGAUUACUCCAAAUCAAUUAUGUCAAUACAUGAGAUAUUCACAAGAAAUGUUUGGUAUUCUUCCAUCUGGCAUAAAUGAAAACAAUAAACGAAUCGUUAGUGUUUUUUGGAGUUUACCAAUCAAACUGAAAAAUAUUUACUGCAUACACAAAGUUUUAGAAGGAAUGAAGUUUUAUUUAAUUCAUGAUAAUAAUUAUUUUAUUGAAAAACUCAGUCAAGCUAACUAUUCAUUUGCUGUAUAUGCUGAUGUCUUCAUGAAACAAUAUGAUUAUGAGAAUAUUAUAUUUAUCGGAGAUGCAGCACAUGGAAUGAGUCCUCAAUUAGGUCAAGGUGCUAAUAUGGCAUUCUUAGACAGUUAUUAUUUGAACAAAGUUUUAAUUGAGAAUAGUAAUAAUAUUACACUAGCUUUGAAAAACUAUACUACAUUACGAAGACAACACUUAAAGUUUUAUAGUCAAGCAAGUAAAUUUUUGACACCGUUGUAUCAGAGUGAUCAAAUGUUAUACGGAAGAUUUCGAGAUGUACUUUUUACCAUUUCAAAGCAAAUGAAAUUCUCAAGAAAAAUAUCAAGUCAAAUUUUAUGUGGAAAAAGAACUAGUUGGAUAAGAAAUCAAGAAAUUGAAUAUUAA